AUGGUAGUACACAACCCAAACAACUGGCAUUGGAUAGAUAAAAACUGUUUACCAUGGACAAAAGAAUAUUUCAAUGAUAAUAUUGUUAAUACCACAUUUGAAAAUGAUACUUAUAAACUUGUGCUAACCUCAGUAGAUUCAAUCACGGGAGAUUGUGAUGUUACUCAAAGAAAAGGAAAAGUGUUGUGUAUUUUUGAUUUAAAAUUACAAUUCUCAAUCGAUAUUGAAGAAAAGAACGAAGAGGAAGAGAAUAAAAAGGGAACUGCUAGUAUUACUAUACCUGAGUUCAUUCAUGAUGAUGAUGAUUAUGAAAUCGAAAUCACUUCUGCAUUGUUUAAACAACCAGUUAAAACUCAUUUUGUUCCAAUAUUAAAGGAGAAAUUACAGAAAUUUCAACCAGCUUUAUUAGAAGCUCAUGCUAAAGACGUUCAACAUGCAUCUGAUUAA